GACGCACUCAAGAGUGACGACAUCAGAGCGCGCCGCUACUGCCGCCGCCGCCAUGAAUAGCGUAGGGGAGGCCUGCACCGACAUGAAGCGGGAGUACGACCAGUGCUUCAAUCGCUGGUUUGCCGAGAAGUUCCUCAAGGGGGACGGCUCCGGAGACCCGUGCACUGACCUCUUCAAGCGCUAUCAGCAGUGUGUUCAGAAAGCAAUAAAGGAGAAGGAGAUUCCCAUUGAAGGACUGGAAUUUAUGGGCCAUAGCAAAGAAAAGCCUGAAAGCUCUUCUUGACCUUGACAGUCACCUUGAAAAUAGACUCCUCCAAUCAGGAAAUUGAGGACACUGGAUUUCGUCAAUUAAGGCUGUGAAAAUAGCCAAGGAUUUGAUGAGGAGUUUAGGAGGCAGUAGUCUUCUUUCCUCAUUGAUUUCCUCACUUGUAAAAGAUGAUGAACCAUCACUCUUUGCUUUGAGAUUUCUCACUUGCUCUGGCAUCGUACAGGAACUCCAUGUGCUUAAACUGAAUGAUUGCUUGGGACUAUGGUUGCGGUACUUGGUCUAGGAUCAGCUUUAAAUAUCCUUUUUUAUGUAAAUACUGAUAAACUUGUCAGGAUGAUCAGGGUUGCCUGACCUCUUGAGUUUUGCUGGGAAGGACAUUAGGUACAUUGUACUAGGUUAUUAUUCAUGGAAGCAAUUUGUUAGGAUCUCUCUUUUCUCUCAGGGAGCUAAGGCUCUGAAAAGGGAUCCCAGCACAACGGUUUUAAUCAAUGCUUGGGAUCACGGUUUUACUUUUAUAAUAACUUUUAAGAUUGCUGGUGGACUGAGUUAGCCAAGAGGAAGACAGCUUUAAGAGUUCCCUGCCUUAAGAGAUGUCAGAUUUCUGAUUAAGAUGUGAAAGCUUGAAGAAUGUUACAGUACACACCAUUUUGGAGCUCAUAGUGUAGUUUAGGAAUGAAGAUUGUUGUAAUAACAAUGAAGGAAGAUCUUAAAUUGCCAAGAUUUGCUUUUGCCAGCUUUCAGCCCAAGUCAAUUAAUUAAGCCAUCCUGUAUUAUCUUAAAACUGCCAAAAUGCUGCAUCUAGUUAAAUGGGAGAAAUUUGUCCUAUUUGCUUUGUGUACCCACCCUGCCCUGUAAUGUCUGUAAUCAUGAAGAUGGAAUAAAUUGUAAUACUUAGUUUCAU